AUGACAAAGAGGAACAAAACCAAGAACCGCGCCGCCCUCGCAGCAGCCCAAGCCGCCGCCAUGUCCGCUGCUGCCGCCACCACCGUCCAGACAACUGCAACCACCACAGAAGAAGAAGGCCAAGUACAGGAACAGGACCAAGUCACAACAAAAAGUACUACGAUAUCGUCGACGACAAAGAUGACGGCCUCGGUGGCGACGGACGAAUUUGGAGGGCUUUCGGCGGCUCAGAAGAAGCGGAUGCGGAAGCAGCAACGGAGAAUUGAGACUGAGAGACAGCAGCAGCAACAGCAGCAGGAAGAGGAAGAUAACUCUCGACUCGAGAUUCAGGAUACGGAUGCAACUGCAACCACAUCAACCGCAUCGGCACAGAAGAGUAAGAAGAAAAAGCAGAAGCAGAAGCAUCACCGAACACAGGAUGUCACUUCUUCCACGACAGCUGUAACAGCAGCAGAAGUGACAAUGGCUAAGGCAAAGGGACCAACGAAUAAGGCAACAACCUUUGGGUUCGCCUCGUCGAUUGCGAGCAUGAUGGCAUCCUUCGCCAGCCCUAUCGCUAAGCUCAAGUCGUCCAUGUCUUCUGCUUCUUCUUCUUCAUCUUCUUCGCCUGCCAUUGCCAUCACUUCCCCGACAGUUCCUACUACAGCGCGUGAGAAGUCUGCAGAGUCAGCAUCAGAGUCUUCAUCGUCGAACGAGGAAGAAGGAACGGAGAAGGAGGAUGGGGGCGACUUCCCGUUGUUGUUCAAACAGAUCCGGUCACGGGAACGGUUGGACUUGUCGGUGAUGCAACCUCAUACCCCCAAGCCUUCAACCAAGAACAAGCGACGACGUGAUGCGGAUGAGAGUAACGACUCUGGUGAUGAGGCAUAUGGUGGCAAGGAUCAGGAACGGGAGAAGGAGAAAGGCAAGGGCAAGGAGAAGGAGAAGGAGAAGAAGGAGAAGAAGGCGGAAGAGAGCGAUUCCAGCAGCAGCAGCAGUGGCAGUAGUGACGACUCAGACUCUAGCUCAGGAUCAGAAUCAGAGGCAGCAUCGGCAAACAAGAACCCCAAGAAGCGGAUAAAACUCGACGCUCGCCAAGCCUACGACCAACAACAACAAUCCACCACCAACGCACCCGCCCGCAAAGUUCGCUACACCGCCGCCUCCCAACUGCCCAAAACCAUGGCCAAAUACUGGGCCCAACGAUACCGCUACUUCUCGCUCUAUGACCAAGGAAUCCAAAUGGAUCAGGAAGGAUGGUACUCAGUGACGCCGGAGAAGAUUGCAGCCCAUAUUGCCGAACGGUGCGCGAGCGAUGUGAUUAUUGACGCGUUUUGUGGCGUAGGCGGGAACACGAUUCAGUUUGCGAUGACUUGUCAUCGGGUGAUUGCGAUUGAUAUCGAUCCGGUCAGGUUGGCUUGUGCCAGGCAUAAUGCGAGGAUCUAUGGGGUUGAGGAUCGGAUCGAGUUUAUUUGUGGGGACUACAUGACGCUUCUGCCGAGACUUAGGGCGGAUGUCGUCUUCUUGAGUCCACCCUGGGGAGGGCCUGGAUACUUGGCGCAAGAUAUGUUUGAUAUCAAGCGGGAUAUACCCAUGGACGGGGAGCAUCUGUUCAACGAAACCUGCAAGAUCACAAAGAACAUCGCCUACUUCCUCCCACGGAACUCGGACCCGGACCAAAUCGGUCGUCUCGCUGCAAACAUGCCCAAAACCCCAAAACGGGUCCUCGCCACUACCUCUGGCAACACCGAUGCUGACGUGCAAGAAGAGGAAGUGGAGGAAAGAGAACCGUCAUGCGAGAUUGAAAAGAAUGUGUUGAACAAUGUCUGCAAGGCGUGGACGGCUUACUUUGGCGACUUGGCGAUCACACCCGAGGGUGAGGGAGAGGAUAUAGAAGGAGAUGACUACUAUGCGGAGGGCGGCUAUAGCGAGGAUGUUGACAUGUCAGCAUCAACAAAAGGCCACGCUGGACGUCGUCAGGAUAAGAUUGACUAUUACUGUGAUUAA